AUGGCGACGGUGGCCGAUCUUUCGCAUGAUUUGGUAGAGGAGAUAUUAUCUAGGGUUCCGAUAUUCGCUUUCGGAGCAGUGAGAUCCACUUGCAAACAGUGGAACGCUUUAUCAGAGAAUCAAAGCUUUAGAAAGUAUCUCUGUGGUAAAGCAGCCAAGGAAUCUCUGGUAGUCAUGAAUGAUAAUUCUAGGGUUUGUUUAAUGAGCGUCAAACUUCUCCAUGGAAUCAACAACUACAGUGGCUGCUUAUCUAGGUAUGGGGAUGAUUGUAAGAGCAAAAUUGUUGAGUACGAAAUCUUCAAUUUUUAUUCUAAGUUUUCGAGUGAUUUUGGUGUCAUGAAUGCCAACUGGUAUAUACCUCAUUGUCGCCAAGGCUUGUCCUUGAAGGGAGAUACGUACUUUGUUGCUAGAACAAGACUGGAAGCGGAAGGAGAAGAGGUUACAGAUUUUUUACUAUGUUUUGAUUACACGAGAGAGAGUUUUGGACCGCGUUUGGAUUUGCCGUUUCACUCUUGCCCUAGUGAUUCUGUGAUUUUGUCUAGUGUUAGAGAAGAGCAGCUUGCAGUGCUACUUAUGCAUGGGGAUACAUAUGUGAUGGAGAUAUGGAUCACAACUAAGAUUGAAGCCAAUGCAUUGUCGUGGAGUAACUUUUUGAGAGUUGAUAUGACACCGUCAAGUGGAAGAUAUCAGUUUAAGUGUGGGAGUUUCUUCGUCGUCGACGAGAAGAAUAAAGUAGCAAUGGUUUAUGAUAAAGACAGGGUAAAAAUGUACGACUACGCAUCAUACAUGAUUAGAGAGGGUGGGUACUCAUACUACAAAGAAUUAGGUCUUGGAGAAUCGAAAUGUUUGCCAUUUGCGUGCUCUUAUGUUCCGAGUUCGGUGCAGAUUCAAAAAUUUGACUAA